UUAUUCUGUUUGUCACUAGGUAAGACCGCUACCCUAGGACAUAACAAUUCCUUUCCCUUUAUUGUUCACGAAUUUAAUCUAACACAAAUAUUCUUAAUUUUGGGUUCGCUGAAUUGCUUAGGCAGACUUUUAGUCGUUUUAAAAAAUUUUUGGGUUAAAUUUUUUGCCAUCCGUAUCUUGUGUAUCCAUGAUUGUCGUACAACCGGUUUAUUGUUAGUAUACAAUUUCCCCCCUAAAAAUUACAAAAUUUUUGAUAUCUCUUUUAAUUUUCAAUAUAUAAUGCUUUUUUCUUUAAAUUUUGAUUUAUAUUGGUUAUAUUAAAAUGUUGAAUAAAUAAAGAAAAAUAUUUUUAAAGAAUUUUUUAUUUGAUUAUUUUUUCAUUGAAUAUUUAUAAAUUUUUUUGUUUAAAAAAUAAAUUUAAAACUUUUUUCCAUAGGACGUUUAUUAAUAAGUCAAACAAUGGACAAACCUAGAAUAUUAAAAAAUCUGCAACCAUUGAAAAUACAUUAUCCAGAAAUUUAUAAUAGAUGUAAUAAUUUGGUGGAGAGAAUUGGAGAGAGACCCAGUGAAGUUUUUGAUUCAAUAAAUAGCUCAGAUGCGUCCGAAAAACAAGCAGGAAUUUAUUUAAUUUUAUGUUUGGCAGAUGCUAGUUUUGAUGAGGAAACAACAAAAAUUACAAAUUUUGCUAGAAAUUUGCUUCGUAUGUUAACAAUGAAUUCACAAGAGUCAGUUAUUCGAUUGGCGUCAAAAGCUGUUGCUUAUCUAAUUUUGACUUCAAAAUCCUACGCUGUAGAAUUAAUGGAAGUUGCUUUAAAUCAAUGUUUUGAAUGGUUAGAAGAACAACAACGAAGUGAACAGCGUCGACUUGCAGCUGUUAUUCUUGCCAAAGAUUUGGCUAUUUUCACACAAUCACAUUUUUUUCAACGUGCCAAUCAAUUUUUUGCAAACAUUUUUAAAUGUAUUAGAGAUUCAAAACCAAAUUUGAGGUUGGCAGCAGCUGAAGCAUUGAGGGCUGGUUUAGCAGUUACUUCACAAAGAGAGACUAAACAUAAAAAUGAAUGGUACAAUAAAUGUAUCAAAGAAGCAUGCCAAUUUGAUUUCCCUACAAUUUCUCGUGAUGAUAUUUUACAUGGUUCUUUACUUAUAUUCAACGAAUUACUUCGAAUAGCCAAUUAUUCACACGAAAAUGCUCGUUUACAACUUGUUGGAAUUACUCAACAUUUUAAUAAAUCACGUUCUUCAAUUAUUGGACAAAGCCCUAUUGAAUGGCUUUUAGAACCUAUUCAACCACCAACAGUAGAAUCGAGAACUGCGAGGACUUUGAUUACGGAUUAUUUUCAAGAGAUUGUCAAGAAUUGCUUUGAGGCUCGCAACAGUAAGACCCCUUAUUGUCAACUUAUUCUUUUGGAACUUUUUCCAAGAUUGGCCAGUUUUUCUGAUAAUAAUGGACAACAAUUGUUUUGUUAUGUUCCUGAAGCAGCAGAACAUUCCUUGGCUUUAGUAGGAAAAUAUCCCGAAGCUAUGCUUACUUUGGGAUUGUUAGCCCUUAGCAGGCCAUUAGAAAUCAGAUCGAAAAUUGCUCCUAUUCUCAAUAUAUUAAUUCAACAUAUGCAUUUGGCCGUUUCUAAAAAAAAGUUGGUUCAUGACAAUGAUUUUAAAUGUCUAUCGUUGGUUGUACGCUCUCAACUCUCUUACCUUUGUGAAAAAAUUCGUGAAUUGCUUCCACUUUUUUUCUCUACCGGAAUAUCUGAAGGCUUGAUAACUGUCAUGCACGACAUUAUUAAUGCAAUCCCUGAAUUAAAAGCUGAUGUUUUUGAUGGUCUAAUGGAUCAACUUUAUCAUUUGCUGAUGGACAGACCAAGACCUAGUAAAUUAGCACCUCCUACAGCUCCACCAAUUCCUACUGGACCUAUUCAACCCGUCAAUAUUUCACAAACAAAAUUGGCAUUAAAAACUCUUGGAGAAUUUAAUUUUUCACGUCAUUCACUUCAAAUGUUUUUGCGUUAUGUGGCUAUGGGUUAUUUAAUUAGUGAUUCUGUAGAAAUUCGUCUUACCGCAGUUUAUAGUUGUACAGAAAUGUUAAAACCUUUUAUCAUGGUUUAUGAAAAUGUUGAAAAUCAACAAAAAGCUGAAGUUUACAAUUUAAUUAGAAAUGUUUUGGAAUGUCUUGUUAAAACUGCUAUUGUUGAUACUGGUAAGGUUUUUGGUUUUUCACUAUUAGACAUCGAAACUUUUGAACAAUAUUUGUGGGCGGACAAAAUUUUCGGACAACUGAAGCGUUUUUUUUUGUUGUUGGUCUCACGCUACAUAUUGGACGUUAAAACUUUUUUACGAUAUUUGCGGAAAAACAAAAGCUUAUUGAAAUUAGGACCGUUUACUUAUUUUAAUGUUCGUCUAAGUGUACUCGAUUGUUUCUGUAAUAUGGAUCAAAAUUUUCUUUUUCAUCUUUCACAACGUGAAAUGCUUGAUACAAUAUUUUUGGCAUUACACGAUGAAAAUUAUCAAGUUAGAGAACAAGCUGUUGAAUUACUUGGAAAACUUUCGGAUUUAAAUCCUUCUUUUGUUUUUUUAAAAUUUCGAAGAAUUUUACUUGAAAGUAUUUCACAAUUGGCAAAUUCUAAAACUUUAAAUAAUGAAGUACAAGGGGCAAGAAUGAUUGAACAUUUAGCUAGACAGUCACCUCGUUUUAUUGCUGCCUAUAUGCAUUCAAUAUUACUCGUAUUAAUCCCUCACUUAAAAAUUGAUAAAAGCAUUGGUGGAAGUAGUAAUGUAGAAGUUACAGUUCAUGUUUUAAAUGCAGUUAGUGAACUUUCAUUAAUUGGAGGUUUGGAAAUGGUUCGGUCUAUAGACAAAUUUUUUCCUCCUAUUAUUGCUUUCUUACAAGAUUCUACAAGUUUGAAUAGACGUGAGGCUGCUCUCCGUGCAAUGGGUAGAUUGUGUCAAUGUGUUGGUUAUGUUGUUGAACCAUACAAAGAUUAUCCUGAUUUAUUAGAAAUUUUGUUACAAUUAUUAAAGACUGAGUUAUCGAGUUCAAUGCGAAGGCUUACAAUGCGUGUACUUGGAAUUAUUGGUGCUUUGGAUCCAUACACCUAUAAAGUUUACAUUGGCAAAGUCCACUCACAUAUAAGAUCUCGUUCGCUUGCCUUAACACUUCCAAAUUCUGGAGAAACAAAUGAAACACACGGAAUGGAUAUAAUUACUUGGAUAAAUUAUGAACGUUUAACACUUGCUGAAUAUUACCCAGCUUUGUCAAUUUCUAAUUUAAUUUUAAUGUUACAAGAUCCUCAGCGUUGUUCUUUGUUUCAUAGAGAAAUAAUGCAUACAAUAUUACAAAUUUUUACAAAUUUGAGAAAUCGUCCACAAUAUUUGGGACAGGUGUUUUUUAUAUGUUUUUAAAUAACCUUGGAUAUAGAAGGUUAACUGAACUAAAAUUUGUACUUAAAAUCACGGGUAGGAGAUAACAAAAGACUUGGGGCACCGGUUAAUGUGUUUUUUUAUAUGUUUAAAAAUAAGGUCGGAUACAAACGGUUAAUUGAACUGGAAUAUGAACUAAAAGCCUAGGAUCGAAAAAUAAGCGAUAACCGAAGCUUGGGACACCGGUUAAUAACCGAGACUGUGUCCAACUUUAGUUUAAAUUUAAAAUAAUGCCUCUAGUCUAGUUUAUGGGUCUAAUGUGUUUUUGUGUUUGAACAAGGUGCCGCGGCGAAAUGAGUUUUUUACGUUGAUUUUUAGCUUUGUGUUUCGUUUUUGUUUGAAAUUUUCUUUUGCGUCCGUUCCUGAUCUGAGUCA